AUGAGCCGCAGCACUAAGCUUGCCCCGGAAGCCAACAGGAUCCUUUUCGUGAAGAAUCUCAGCUACAACGUCACCGCAGAGGAGCUGUUUGACCUUUUCGGGAAGUUUGGGCCUAUCCGUCAAAUACGCCAGGGCAUCGCCACAAACUCCAAGGGCACCGCAUUCGUCGUCUACGAGGAUGUCAUCGAUGCAAAGCAGGCCUGUGAUAAAUUGAACGGCUUUAACUUCCAGAAUAGAUACCUUGUUGUCCUAUACCACCAACCAGAGAAAAUGGCCAGAUCGAAAGAAGAUCUGGCCGCACGACAAGAAAACCUAGAACGACUUAAACAGCAACACGGCAUCGACUGA